ACACUCAGAGGACAGCUACUGGCCGUGAGCAGACGUGAGAAGGAAACACCCCCUCAGUCUUGGAGCAGGCUUUGCUGUCCACAAGGGCUUGUGGGUGUCUUGUCAGGGAGAGGAGGUAGCACAGGCACCUGAAGUUAGGGUGCUAGGGCCUCCCGAGAAGAAACAGGUGCAAAGCAGGGCAAUUAGUGGGGAAGGCAUCAGCAGGGCAGCGGCCUAGAUCUGAUAGAAGAAGACACCAGGAUUACAUCAUCUGCCGGAACCACAGUUCUGAAAAGAAGAUAUAUUUCAACCUGGACUUGAAGAGAGGCAGGUAAGGGAGCGCGGUGACUGUCCUUGAGCGCGGAGGGGCGAGCUCGCCUCCGGAGCGCCGGAGCAAGAGAAGGCGCAGGAGCGGCGGCGGCGGCGGCGGCGGCAGCGGCGUCCGAGCACCCGAGGGGGUCCGAGUCCCGGUAGCCGGCCAGCCCCGCGCCACAAAGGGAGUGCCCCCGCCACCCGGCACGCCGCCUCCCUCCCCAAUGUCCUCGGCCAUCGAGAGGAAGAGCCUGGACCCGUCUGAGGAGCCAGUGGACGAAGUGCUGCAGAUCCCCCCAUCCCUGCUGACAUGCGGCGGCUGCCAGCAGAACAUUGGGGACCGCUACUUCCUGAAGGCCAUCGACCAGUACUGGCACGAGGACUGCCUUAGCUGUGACCUCUGUGGGUGCCGGCUGGGCGAGGUGGGGCGGCGCCUCUACUACAAGCUGGGCCGGAAGCUCUGCCGCAGAGACUAUCUCAGACUUUUUGGUCAAGAUGGUCUCUGUGCCUCCUGUGACAAGCGGAUCCGUGCCUAUGAGAUGACAAUGCGGGUGAAAGACAAAGUGUACCACCUGGAAUGUUUCAAAUGUGCUGCCUGUCAGAAGCAUUUCUGUGUGGGCGACAGAUACCUCCUCAUCAACUCCGACAUAGUGUGUGAACAGGACAUCUAUGAGUGGACUAAGAUCAAUGGGAUGAUAUAGGCCAGAGCCCCCCAGCAUCUUCGGGGAGGUGUUUUACUGCAGACACUGUCUCCAUUGGGUCUUCACUCCUAGGCACUUUGGGGAUUUACGGGGGGUGGGGGGGUGAGGCAUUUCUUAGGUGAUGGUAGACCGUUACUGGGCACCGAGACAUAGCAAACAAGUGACAUAAUGCAAAGGAAGAGAUAUAAAUGGGACAAAAGGACCAGUCCUUAGGGAGAAUUUAUGGCCACAGCCUAGUUGAAAUAACUGAUGUGAUUAGCAGAGGAAAGGAGCGUUUGGGGGGGCAAGCAGGAGCUGUGCCAUCCUGAUGGGAUUUCGCAUCUACAGAUAGUCGUUGUGUAAAGACUGGUAAUGACUAUGACCCUUGCAAACUGGAGAUGUGCAAUUGAUUUCUUUUCUCCCUGGCUUUUAUAAUGACCCUGUUCCAAUCACUGUCCUCCACGCAGGAAAGGACAGAGACUAGAGUGGCCAUCCUUUUUUCCUUGGCCGUCUUCCCAAGGCCUUAAGCUUUGGACCAAGGGAAACUGCAUGGAGACAUAUUUCAGUUGAGAAUGGAAACUGCAACUUUUCACCAAUUAUUUAAAGCACUGUUGAUGAAUCACUGUUUUUAGACACCUUUGUUUUGAGGGAUUCCACAGAUUGUUUCUAUACAAAUGUAAAUCUAAAAAAAAAAAAUGUUGUUCAACUAUUUUAUUAUCUUAGACUAUAUCAAAGUAUUUGUGGUGUGUAAUAAAAAACAAAACAGAAAACCCUGCAGACUUAAUAAAAAUGACAGGCUAAAAUGCAGUGCUGCUUGUUUGGUAACGACUUACAGUUUGGGGAUGGCAGGCAAUGGCCUGCUUUUUAUAUUGAAAGGAGAAGGAAAUAAGCAAUUUAUUUUUAGGUCAAAUAAAAACUUCCCUUUAUUGCUAGGGUUUAUAUGAGGCAGGCAUGUUUCUCUAUUACUAGCAAUUACGUAACAGGUCAUCAUUUAGCUCAGAGGGGAUGUAGAAUAAUUAAAUUGUUGUUGUAAAAUAUGCAUUUCACCUCAGCCUUGUAUAGAGUGAGUGGAAGGCAAGAUUAUUGCCUUUGGGAAACCUGUAACCUAGAAAGGACACAAAUACAUAAAACAGGUUCCCUUUGGGAGAGAAGGUAAUUACCUAGUGUGAAAUGUGGCAAAGGUGCUGAGCUUGACACUUCGAUUUUCUGAGACGUGUGUCUCAGAGUAUUUUAUGACAAGUGAUUAAGAAGACCUUACUUUGAGGAUUUAAAGCAGGCACCUUUCUUUGUGCCUUUCACUGGAUCCAGCCGGGACCAUGAACUGAUUCACAGCGCCAUCUGCUGGUCAUCACCUCUCGGCUCGCUAGCCCAAGAAUGUCUCAAUGAGGACAAACCUCUAGGAAAGAUAACGUUUUUCAACUAUUUCAUUAAAAAUAUUGGAAAACACCAGGAAGUGUUAAUAUGUUGAAUUGUUAUGACAUCAGAAACAUGCAGCUAAUGCUAAAGUUAACCAUGAGAUACGUUUAUCACCAGUCAUUACUAAAGUUUUUGUUCUGUUUUGUUUCUCCUAAACCAAAAAAACCCAAACCUAUUGCCGGCGAGUCGAUUCCAACUCACAGGGACCCUAGAGGACAGAGUAGAAUUGCCCUGUAGGGUUUCCAAGGCUGUAAUCUUUAUGGAAGCCGACUGCCACAUCUUUCUCCAGCAGAGUGGCUAGUGGUUUUGAACUGCUGACCUUUCAGUUAGCAGCCAAACGCUGAGCCACCAGGGCUCCUUUUUCUCCUUGGAGAUGAGAAAUAAUUAAGUAAUGCCUCUCUUGGUCUGUAAAGUGCUAAAAGUGGCUGAGAAAUUUCAUUAAGGUACCUAUUUAAAACAAAUCUAAUUAUAUCGCGUUCCAGCUGAGGUGGUUGGUGAGGUGCUAUCCAUGGGGGGAAAUUUGUUCUAAAUCAGUGGUUUUCUAAACAUGGUCCCAGAACCGGCGGUGUCAGUGUCACCUUGGAACUUGUUAGAGAUGCAGAUUCUUGGGCCCCACCCCAGGCCUCCUGAAUCACAGUCUCUGAGGAUGGGGUCCAACCAUCUAUUUUAACAAGUCUUUGUGGUGCAGUGAUUAAAGUACUCAGCUGCUGGCCAAAAGGUCAGCAGCUCAAAACCACCAGCAGCUUCCUGGGAGAAAGAUUGACAGUUUGCUUCUGUAAAGAUUUACAGCCUUGGAAACCCUAUGGGGCAGUUCUGGUCUGUCCUACAGUGUCUGUGUAAGUUGGAAUCCACUGGGCAGCAACAGGUUUUAUGGGUGAUUCUGACUCACAUUCAAGUUUGAGAAUUGCUGUUCUAAUCAUCCUCCACGUAGGAAGGUAAUGCACUCUAAGUUGUUAAUGGUCAAUAUUUGACACAGAGGUUCAUCAGUGAGUAACGUUUCCACAUGUAGACAAACACUUUCUAUCCAUGAUCCCGAAACUGAUGACGUGUAUGUACUUUUGUCACUCAGCUAACAGUUGGCCUGUGCUUUGUUUACCAGAUCAAUCACACCUCAGUCCCCCAUUUGAAAUCCUAUCAACAUAAAUACUACUACUGUAAUAAUUAUUUUGGCUAUGCAAUUAUCCUAUUAAAAAGUAUUAGGUAAAAAUAAAAAUGAUUCUUUAUUCCUAAUCCUCAUUAUAAUACUACACAUCUCAAAUUUAAAAAAUCAGCCAAUACUUCAACAAAUUAGUAUCCUCAACAAAGUAAUAAUUGACAUUUUCUAUUUGUCAACUGCACCAUCUUGCAGAAUUGCGGAUGGACAGGUAGGGUCUUUGUGGCAAGUUACCUCAGGGCCUAAAUGUCUAACCCACAACUGACUUGAGAGGACAUGUAAAGGGAUCUCAAAGGGGACCAGCCCCUUGAGUCUACCCUGGUGGUCCUCACCUGGGUGUGUAACCGUGUGCCCUCCACUCUAGACCUGGUGUCAGGAGAACCAGGCACCUGCUCCCUGCCAUGAUCCAGUGCCUUAAUUAGGCAGUUUGCUGUACGUGCUACUUCCUCUUACCUCAUUAACGUCUUCUGUCCCAAACCAGCUUCCUUUUCUUCCACCUUUAACAGAGCCAUUACUUCUCAGGGAACUUUGGAAUCCUAUAAAGUUAAAAUAGAGUAGUGGAUAAAACCAAAAACCCAACCCAUUGUUGUCAAGUCAAUUACAAUACAUACCAACCCCAUGUGUUAGAAAGUAGAACUGCUCAAUAGGAUGUUCUUGGCUGUAAUCAUUUUUACAGAAGCAGUUCACCAAGCCUUUCUUCCAUGGAGCUGCUGGGUGGGCUUGAACCACCAAUCUGUAGUUUAGCAGCCGAUCACAAACUGCUUGUGCCACCCAGACUCCUAGUUGGUUUGAAUUGCUUUGUGCAACGGAUCGCUUUUGUGUGGGACUGUGCAAAUAGGGUAAUUGUGGCCCACCAAGGGGAUUCGUUGGUUUUGUCAUUCUGCUGAGCUUGAAAUGAGCCACCCCAGAGGUGAGAAAGAGAGGAUCCCACCAUCACCAGGAGCGGAGAGUGCAUCCUUUGAACCCGGCAUCCCUGCGCUGAGAAGCUCCUGGAACCAGGAGACAGAGAGAAAGAGAGAGCUUGAGAAGUGGUGGCAGAGAAACAAUGGGAGGAGAUGUCCAGCACACGGAGCGAAAAAGCUGAGCACCUGGGUUGCCUCUGGGGACUUAGUGGCAGGGCUAAAAGAGCUUUGUAAUACUUGCCUGAGCAGGACAGAGGCCUAGGACCAGAGAGAGGCCUGCUGGCGAGCAUGGCUGGGAAGAGGCUGUCCUGAUGGGAGAAGUGUAUCCUGAGCGUUCCUCAACCUGAAUUGUAACCUGUUACUUCCCUAAGAAACCCCAUAACUGUGAGUAUCGUCUGUGAGUUCUGUGUGGCCAUUGCAAUGAAUUAUCAAACCCAGCAGAGAAGUGGAGAGUACCGUGGGGGGGAUGGUUGGUGUCAGAGGUGGUAAAGAUGGCACAGAGAAGAGGCAUGUCUGACCACCGCCUUGUAGGACUCAACCUUGAGCAGCUGAUCUCGAUUUUCCUUCCCCCUUGUGAAAUUAAAGGAGGUCAGAUGUUGUCCCCGCACCAUUUUCACAAUUGCAAUGACAUGACUUAACAAACAUUUAUAUAUCACUUAGCAUGUGCUUUACACCUGGUGCUUUGCCAAUUCUAGGUGCAGGCCAGGUUCUAUUUAUUAUCAUCUUCAUUUUACUGCUGAGGAAGCUGGGGCACAGAGAGGUUCAUUUACUUAGCUAAGAUCCUACAACUGAUAAAUGACACAAAUAAGCUUGAACCAAGGCUCUUAGCCUCUGUGUUCUUGGGCUUACCUCACUGAACCUCAAAUUUCUCAUCUGCAAAAUGGGGAAAAUGAAUGCCUUUCUCCUAGAGUUAUUCGAGGAUAUUUGAGCUCAGUCUAGCCAGAAAUGUAAACAAAUCACAAGGAUACAAGAUCAGCACCAUAAUAAAGAUACAUAAAAAGUGCUAUAGAAACACAGAUAAGGGAACAAUGAAAUCUGCCUGGAGAGGGGAGGGGGUGGCUGUCUGGAGUGAAGAGGAAGUGACAUUUGAAAUGGCCUUGGACCAGGAAGUGGGGAGUUGUAUGGGCAAGAAUAAAGACUCAGAGACCUGGACUAUACAAGGCAAGUCUUCAGGGGAGCCUGGAAUUUUCAUGGUGGUAAGGUUGGGGGUGGGGUAUUGACUAGAGAGGAGCUGGUGGGGUGAUCUUUAAUUCUCAGUUCCAUCACAUAAUGUUACUACUGUCCCAGGGACAAAAUCUGGGUCCAGUGAAUAUUGCUGACUUCUUAUUUGACAUAGACCCUCUGGUCAAGCCCCUCUUCUUCCCAGCAGUCUCCCUCAACCUCUCCAAUUUACAUCUACUCCUCAUUCAGUGGUUUUAAGCUUUAGUGUUUAGGAGUCUCCUAAAUGGAAAUCCUGGUAGCUUAGUGGUUAAGUGCUACAGCUGCUAACCAAGAGGUUGCCAGUUCAGAUCUGCUGGGUGCUUCAUGGAAGCUCUAUGGGGCAGUUCUACUCUGUCCUGUAGGGCUGCUAUGAAUUGGAAUCGACUCGAUGGCAGUGGGUUUGGUUUUUUUUUUUUUUUUUUGGUCAACUGAAAGAAGAGCCUAUUAAUACACAGGCUCCCGGGCUGAACCACAAAUCUGCAGGGUCAUGAUCUCUUGGGAGUGUGGUCCAGGAAUCUACAUGCUCGCCAACCCACUCCCCCGCCCCUUUCUCUUACUGUUGUACUUUAUUGUUAUUGUAGGUUGUUUCCUCACUUCAACCAGAAACUGCCGUUAAACCCUUCAUUCCUUGAAGGCAGGGAUGGUGUCUCUUAUUUAUCCCUAUGUCUCCAGACCCUAGCACAUGCUGGCUAGGUACUUACAUGCAUGUGCUAGUGUCUGGGUAAUAUAGUAGGCAUUUACAUGUUGUUGAAAUGAUUUUUAACUCUCCUCACAUCUUCCAUAGAUCCCUGGAUGGUACAAAUGGCUUGUGCUCAACUACUAACUUAAAGGCUGGCUGUUUGAACCCACCCAGUGAUACCAUGGUAGAAAGGCCUGGCGAUCUACUUCUGUAAAGAUUACAGCCAAGAAAACCCUAUGGAGCAGUUCUACUCUGUAACACAUGGCAUCACCAUGAGUUGGAAUCGAUUCGUCGGCAGUGGAUUUGCUUUUUCACAGCUUUCAUAGUAUUUAUUGUAUAUAGUCUUUGUUUUAUUUAAAAUUUUGUUGUUGUUCGGUGCCAUACAGUCAGUUCCAACUCAGAGGGACGCUAUGUACAACAGAACGAAACACUGCCUGGGCCUGCCUCAUUCUCACAAUCGUUAUGCUUGAGCCCGUUGUUGCAGCCACUGUGUCAAUCCACCUCAUUGAGGGUCUUCCUCUUCUUCACUGACCCUCUCCUUUACAAAGCAUGAUCUCCUUCUCCAGGGACUGGUUCUCCUGAUAACAUGUUCAAAGUGUGUGAGAUGAAAUCUCAUCAUCCUUGCUUCUAAGGAGCAUACUGGCUAUAUUUCUUCCAAGACAGAUUUUUUCAUUCUUCCAGUAGUCCAUGAUAUAUUCAAUAUUCUUUACCAACAUCAUAAUUUUAAAGUAUAUCCACUACUUAAAAACUUCACAUGGGAAGAAAGGUUUAUGUCAAACUAGCCUGUAAGCUCCUAUUCAUUUAUUGUGCUUUAGGUGAAAGUUUACAAACCAAGUCAGCCUCUCAUACAAAAAGUAAUAUACACCUUGCUAUGUACUCCUAGCUGCUCUUCUCCUAAUGAGACAGCACAUUCCUCUUCUCUACCCUGUAUUCCCCGUGUCCAUUCAACCAGCUCCUGUCCCCUCUGCCUUCUCGUCUCACCACCAGACAGGAGCUGCCCACAUAGUCUCAUGUGUCUGCCUGAGCCAAGAAGCUCACUCCUCACCAGUAUCAUUGUCUAUCUUAUUGUCCAGUCCAAUCCCUGUCUGGAGAGUUGGUUUCAGGAAUGGUUCCAGUCUUGGGCUAACGAAGGGUCUGGGGACCAUGACUGUCAGGGUCCCUUCCGUCUUAGUCAAACCAUUAAGCCUGGUGUUUCUACAAGAAUUUGAGAUCUGCAUCCCACUCUUCUCCUGCUCCAUCAGGGAUUCUCUGUUGUGUUCCCUGUCAGGGUAGUGAUCGGUGGUAGCCAGGCACCAUCUAGUUCUUCCGGUCUCAGGCUGAUGGAGUCUCUGGUUUAUGUGGCCCUUUCUGUCUCCUGGGCUCAUCUUUACCAUGUUCUUGAUGUUCUUCAUUCUCCUUUGCUCCAGGUAGGAUGAGACCAAUUGAUGCAUCUUAGAUGGCUGCUUGCUAGCGUUUAAGACCCCAGAAGCCUCUCACCAAAGUGGGACGCAGAAUGCUUUCCUAAUACAUUUUGUUAUGCCAAUUGACCUAGAUGUCACCUGAAGCCAUGGUCCCCAGACCCCCAUCCCUGCUACUCUGGCCUUCAAAGCAUUUGGUUGUAUUCAGGAAACUUCUUUGCUUUUGGUUUAGCCCAGUUAUGCUGACUUCCCCUGUGUUGUGUGUUGCCUUUCCCUGUACCUAAAAUAGUUCUAGUCUACUAUCUAGUUAGUGAAUAUCCCUCUCCCUCCCUCCCUACCCUUGUAACCAUAAAAGAAAAUUUUCUUCUGUAUUCAAACUUUAUCUAGAGUUCUUAUAAUAGUGGUCUCAUAUAAUAUUUGUCCUUGUGCAACUAAUUUCACUCAGCAUAACGCCUUCCAGAUUCCUCCAUUUAUGAGAUAUUUCACAGAUUCAUCGUUCUUGAUCAUUUAGUAGGAUUCCAUUGUGUGAAUAUACCAUAAUUUA